GCGCGAGAUCGGAGCGCAGCUCCCCUUCCUUCCCUCCGCCCCCCUCCUCGCGCGGCGGUGGGCGUGGCUUUUCCCGCCUCCGAUUGUGACGCAGCCUGGGGUCCGGGUAUAUACGGCCGCUACGUAAGGCGCAGGGCUUUAGAACGUUCCGUCACACCCGGCCGAGGAGGUUCCUGCUUCAACAGUGAUUGGACGGAACCCACCCCUGCUCGGGCCCACCCGACCUCCGCGCCUCCACCUGCCCGACCCAGCUGCACCACCUACAGCCGCGCUGCCAUGGCUUCGUCUCCCUCCCAGGUGCGCCAGAACUACCACCAGGACUGCGAAGCCGCCAUCAACCGGCAGAUCAACCUGGAGCUCUACGCCUCCUACGUGUAUCUCAGCAUGGUGAGCUCCGACCUGGGCGGGCGGGCGGGGGUCCUGAACUGGAGCAGGGAAUGGUGCCUUGCUGGAGGCGGGGGCAAAGGAAAUGGAAGCGGCGGCGGCGGCGGCUGGAGCUCCCUCCCCUCCCCUCCCCGGGGGCGCCGCCUCCGUCUCUGUUUACUAGCCGUGCAUUGGCUUGUCCUUGGAGGGCGAGCGAGGCCUUCGUGCUCCUGCAGGCGGAUCCCUUCGGGAUUCCUCGCUGUAAACAACCGAGCGGUUUCCUUUCCCGAGGAGAUCGCGGCGCCCUUCGAGCCGCUCCGCUGCCCUUCUGCAGACGGUGCAGAGAGGCUUGCCCUCUGCCCGUUGGAGCAUAAAACGGCAACGUCUUGUGACGCCUUAAAAGGCCCAACAGGUUUUUUUCAGCCGCGGGCUACUUCGCUACUCAUGUCGUAAUAAAUCUGGUGGUUUGUUUUUUUCCGAGGAGCCGCAAGGCGCUCCGUUCCUUCUUUUUUUCCCCUCCCCUGGAGCAGCCAGCCUCUUGCGCAACGCGUUCCGAGCGUGAAUCGGCUCUGGAGUCGAAGAACCGCCAUUAAAAAAGAUCCUUGAAGCUUGCAUUUCUGUGCUGCUUGUUUGGGCCGCUGCUGGGAACCCAGUUCUGAGACGGGAGGCUUGAUCCGCUCCCGCUGCGCUGUAGCGGUUUUCUUGGUUCUCCGUUCCUGCCGAGCGGCAGUUUUGCUGCGCGCACCUGCGGCGGGAGCGAGAAGCGCAUCGCCGUGCGCCCUGCCUCGCGCCCAGCGAGGCCUUCCGUGAUGCUCCGUGCUCGGCUUAAAGGUCAAUGCAGCUUCUGCGCCACUGGCUUGGGGGGGGGGGGCAGGCCGGGCCCGCUGGGGUUUGGCAAACAUUUGGGCACUGCGCUGCCGGGACCGGCGAGGAGGGCAGAAAGCGGCUUUGGGGGGCACCUUUUGACACAGCCCUGCUAGGAGGUAACAUGGGGUGGACUCACAAAUAAGCAGUUGGUUGUAUGCUUGCCUCUGAAUAAAAGGGGAUUGCAUUUUAAAAGUUAAUCUUUAACCAGUCCUUCCACAUACGCGUUUGGUAUAAACAGGCUUCCACUGUAAUGUUGGUACUAGCGUAUGUGAACGUGGAGAACAGUAGGACUUCAAGAUGGCUAUCUUAAACUUGCCAGGAGGAGGGUGGGUGGGACUCGUGGGCUUGUUAACGCCAAGAAGCUUCAAUGAAGCUUCAAACAGUAUGUCGUUUGGGGUGUAGGUGUAGUUACAAGCCAUUUCUCCGACCCUAGCUUGAAAAUGUUUGCCUUUCACUUGGUGCCCACUGUUUUGAGUGCUAGAAUGUACUGUAAUGUGCUGAGAACUUUGAUAAGUGGACCACGUGUGAGCAAUCUACUGCUCGUUGCUUGGUAUAGUAAAACAAGCUUUAUUAUUUGUCUGGCAGCAUCUAAUAAGCAAAUAACAGAUUGGCCUGCCUAUUUCAACUUGCAUUAACGGUUCAAUUUGCAUUAAUUAAAGCAGGCUGCCAUAUUACAAACUCCACUAAAGGACUAGGAUGACUCCUUCAACCCUAGAGCUUUUAUCAGCGUUAGUUGGAAAGUAGAACGGAACAUACAACUAGCUUGUAAGCAAAUGAAUAGUAGUGCUUUAAACAACUAAAUUACACAAUUGAGCAAGUUAGAACCUAUAAAGUUGCUGUUGGAGCUUCUGCAGUCCUGUUAAAACUAAUUUAUUCACCUGGACUAUGUUUUGCAAGUGUAUUAGAGGGAUUAGACUUGGACUGUCAAAACUGACUAUAAAGGGCUGGAUUCUUGAGACAACAUGGUCUCAAAGAAGCCACAGGUUUCCGAUCCUGCUUUGGAGUGUCAUGAUUUGUUUCAUAACUAGCUUUAUCAAUGAUUGUCACUUUGAUAGUUAUUUUCCUACUCCUAGACCACCUUAAUCAUUUUAAGUGUUCAGCAAGCACCAUUGUGCUGUUAAGGGCAGGUUUUCACCACUACUGCUAAAUAAUAAAGUCAACUAGAUUUUCCACAUUGAGGUCACUUUAGUGUGUUGUGGCUUGACUGAGGCUGGAGCUCCAGUGCUUCUAGACCCUUGAGCCUAUGUGUGGUAUACCAGAAACAAGUAACACAGCAAUGGAAACCUUUAAUGUGGCCAAGUUUGAUAGAUUUGUUGAUCAGUAGUUUCAAGAACUGCCAUGUAGGAAAAUAGAUUUGCCAACCAGUAGCGGCAAGUUCCCGCCUGCAUAUGUCAAGUGGUAUGGACAUUGAUGGUUGAAAUACAUGGUUCCCUGAUUCUAAUUAAUGAAUCUGAACUUUAUUUUCAGUCCUACUAUUUUGACCGUGAUGAUGUGGCCCUGAAGAACUUUGCCAAGUACUUCCUUCACCAGUCCCACGAGGAGCGUGAGCAUGCAGAGAAACUUAUGAAGUUGCAGAACCAGAGAGGCGGCCGCAUCUUCUUGCAGGACAUCAAAGUGAGUUGUAAAAGUGUGGUAAAUACAGCGCUGUUGCUUCCUGGGCUGGGAUCCAGAUUAAAAUUAUGAAAAGAACUAAAAUGUGCUUUCCAAAGACUGAGUGUAUCAUUAGAUGAAAAAUCCACAGCUAGUCUAGAGGUUACAGAAGCUAAAUCUGCUUAAGAAGAGUUCAUGAAUAACGGACCUCAUAGGAUGUAGCAUUGCUAGAUUAUACCUGUACACCAGGGUGGGGCUGAGGGAAGGGAAAUAUCCCUUUGCGUAAACAAAUUCCUUGCUGCCUGUACAAAACUACUUGGGGGUAAUUUGAAACUAGAACACCCUCACCAACAUUCACAUUUUAAUUAUGCAUGGAGUUAUGAGGGCGAUUCAAAACUGGAUUCCCUCCCCGUGACCAAUCUGAAGUGGUACAGUCCAGCAGUAGAUAAACUGCAGCACUAAGUGUCGUUGCUGAUCACGUCUUGCUUUGAAGUAGUGGUUUUCAGACUGUGUGGCAAGGAGCCAUAGUAGGGUUAUUGUGGUGCCUUCUCUGCUAAAUUCUAACUGUAGGGCCUCCUUUUCUGAAAUGCAGCUUUACCACCUCUGCAUGAAAAAGGAAAGUUAGGGUCAGUUCACACAGGCCAAAAGUGGGUCCCAUCAGGCCUAGCCUGAACACUAUGAAGUGUUAGCUACCUAGAAUUUCCUACAGUCCUUUGCAACUUGCAGGUGGUCUUGCUGGCCAAGCUGACCAGGAAAAAGUUCAUUCAAGCUUAAAGUGGCUUGAGGUGUCUUGAGUUACCAGUGCUUGGCUAAAAGAUAUGUGCAAAAUGGAACAUGCCCUUCGUUCUGCAGUGAAAAUGCAGCUUGAGAAUUUAGUUGCCAUGGAAACUGCAACAUCAACCAAUCUUAUGGUGAUUAUGUAAUAAACAGGGAACAGCUCUAAUCUGCAGAUAAAUAUGUGGUGUUCCAUAUAACUUCAGUAUUCGGUGAUAAAGCAAGUGACUUGUGUCAAAGGAAAAAGUAUUGACUGGGGGCAGGGGAAGUAAGGGGAAAGUCUAAUCACAAGAAACUUGAGGUGUGACCAAGAGCAGUUUAAAUCAGCGCUUGGCUCUUUCAGAGCAUUUGGGUGUUUAUGGGCAUGUUUAGCUAGCUGCUGUAGUUUUUGUUGCUCUUUCCUUCCUAUUAGGGAUGAGAGGAGAGGUAGAUGGAAUCUGGCAAUGCCCGCAGCUGGGUUAGGAGCAGCCAGUUACAGUUUCAGGAGCUGGAGGACAUUGCAAUAGACACAUUUUGCAUUGGAACAUGCCCUGUAAUGAAGUAUUUAAUCUAAAGUGUAUUCCUAGAUAAAGGGCCCUAAAUUUGUCCUGUAAAUACCUGCCAGUUAUUCUGAUAGGUGCAUGUUGUACUAAUAAUCCUUGUUAUUCCAGUGGUUCAGCUUUGAGAGUGGUUUCCUUUGCUUUUAUUAGAAACCAGAUCGUGAUGACUGGGAGAGUGGAUUGACAGCAAUGGAGUGUGCUUUGCACUUGGAAAAGAAUGUGAACCAGUCACUUUUGGAACUGCACAAGCUGGCAACUGACAAAAAUGACCCCCAUGUAAGUUGGAAAUUAAUGGAAAUAGCAUGUUUGUCUAUGUAAAUGAUAUGCUCAAAUACUUGCUGCGAUUGAAAAAAAAGCAAGAAAUGAAAUUUUGAAACAGUAAAAGAACGGCUGAAUCGGAAUUCCACACUGGUAGGUGGAACUGUGUGUUCAGAGAAGCUGUGGGACUAUAUAAUGUGUUCGUGUGGGUAGAGAACUUGACACCAUGAGAUUUUUUGCCGUUUUUAUUUAAAGAGACGGUUUCUAGCCUUUAUGCCUGUCCACACAUUUCCUGGUAUAUUUUUGCACUGCAUACUAUGAUUGCAGAAGUGAGAAGCUUUCAGAUAUUUUUCUUUUGUUUUAGAGGCUGGGGUGGGGCUUCAGAGUCCUUACUUCUUUAGUAGCUAGCAAAAACUGCAGGACAGAUUGCAAAAUCUGCAUAGUCUAUACAUGCAACUGAAUUUGGUCUUCAUUGAUACAGAUUUUUCAUUUUUAGCAUGGAGUGCAUCCCUGCCUGGAUCAAGUAGUAGAUCGUGCUCUAAUUCUUGAGCUGCUCUCCUUUAAUGGGAGUUCGUAAAAACAAAAACCCCACACGCUACUUGUGUGCUACAUCUGUUCAAAGAGAAUCCGAAGGCAGAGCUGCAUUUUAAGGUCAAACCAGGCUUAAACUACUGGCAGUACCUUGACUGCUGACUUUGCUCAUGGUUUCAUCAGGAAACCUUGACUUCUUGAUAGUUUUGAAGACUGCUUUUCUUUGCUGGCAGGAUCAAUAGUGUGGUGUGCCUAAUGCAUUGUUUUAUUUUCCAGUUAUGUGACUUCAUUGAGACCCACUACUUGGAUGAGCAAGUCAAAUCCAUCAAAGAACUGGGUGACCAUGUGACCAACUUGCGCAAGAUGGGGGCACCAAAAUCUGGAAUGGCAGAGUAUCUCUUUGACAAGCACACCCUGGGAGAAAGUGACAGUGAAAACUAAACCUCCCGUGAAUGCUUCAGCAGGGACUCUUACCUUCUUACUCAGCUGUGCAUGUUUGUUUGUUUUUUGUUUAUCCAUACUAUUGUCCAUAACUGUAUAAAACCAUCUAUUGUUCUUUUUGUGUUGUAACUCAAAUGCCCAAUAAAAGUGAUUUGGUUCCACUAAA